GACAAUGAAGAGACGUGUGUGGGUGCUUGGGGCAAGACCAGAGCAGACACAUUCUUCAGUUGUGUGGUGAUACAGCAAUCUUUUUCCAUUGCCCUGGAUGUAAUUUUGAGCUCUGUUUUGUCUAACUGCACAAAACAUACUCAGGAAGGGAGAACUAGAGAAAACAAUGGUUCCUGAGCUCUGCUCACCCUGUCCUGCCUGCCUGCCUGCCUGACUGCCUCUCCCACAGUGGAACGUGUGGCCUGUCAUGGGGGAGCCCCAGGGAACAUGAACACAGUGAAAAAAUGCAGCGUUGCCACCAGUUCAGAUGGACCAGGAGCUUUAUUGGAGGACUGACUUUAUUUCUUACAGCUGUUGGGAGGUUUCUGUUCCUUUGAAGCUGAGGAGAGCACAGCGAAGGUGUGGGAGUGCUGUCUCACUUCAGAGGUGUGAACACAUCCUGUUUACAUCUGCCACCCAGACGGGAGGCUGAGGGAGCCCACGGCUGAGGCACAGGGGGAAGCGCCAGGCACGGGAGAGCGGCGGCAGCGGGACAGGCCCUGGCAUGGACACAGUGCCCGUCUACCACGGGGCCAUCACCCGAGAGGCUGGGGAGAAGCUGCUGCUGGCGGCGGGCACGGACGGCAGCUACCUGCUGCGGGACAGCGAGAGCAUCCCGGGGGUCUACUGCCUCUGCGUGCUGCAUCAGGGUUAUGUUUAUACCUACAGAGUGUCCCAGACAGAAACUGGAUCCUGGAGUGCUGAGACAGCGCCUGGGGUCCACCGGAGGCUCUUUCGGAAGGUGCACAACCUCAUUUCGGCCUUCCAGAAACCCAACCAAGGCAUUGUAACACCCCUGCAGAACCCAGUUGUCAACCACGUGAAAGCCAACUACUCCCCAGGGAGGAAUGAAGGCUAUGACUUCCACCUGCAGCCAUCAUGAGGAUGUCUCCCCAAGUGUGACAUAACCACAUCUUCCAGCGUCUCCUCUAAUCUAUGCUUUAAAACAGAACGGUGUAUAUGAUAGUAAAUACAACUCUGUGAGUUUUCUUGUAACAUUUGCAGAAAUGUGUAUUUCAUAGAACUUAUUGCUCAAGAUGUAGAAGUUUAGAUUUCAGAGUACUUUGAGCUUAGGGUGAGAUAUUUUUUGAUUUUGUUUUGGUUUUUCCCAAGAGAGAAUAAAAAAGCAUGAACUGCUAAAUAUUUUAUGUCUUUUUUUCCCCAUUGUCAAAUAAAAAUAUUUUUUCCUUCAAGAUCAGUUCUUAAUUAAUAAUUAGUUAUUAAUUUUACAUUGCUUAACUUUGGAUCAUGCUUUGCUUUGUUCUGGUUGGCAUUUAUGCAGAAUUGGGCAAGUCCCCUUCUAUAACCUUAGGAGACUUGUUUACAUUAAAGUGUCCUUGCCUUGGAUGGGCUGUGUGUUUGUCAUUCAUACAGUUCCUAAAGAUAUUCCAGAGAUGAUACCAUGAGGAUCCCCACUAACUGAUUUCCCAUCAAAGCAGUUGCUCUGCCCUCUAACAAAAUCUGUAAUUUUCACCAAUGACCAACAGCAUAAGUAAUGCACAGAGUAACCAUGAACACCCAAUGAAGUGGAAAGCCUUGUUUUUUGAUUUAGGUGUUCCCUGUACUUGAAACAAGCCAUCCUUGCAUACAAGUUAAAAAAAAAAAUAAAUUUAAUAACAGUUUUUCUUUUCCUUUCUGUGUGUUUCUAUGCUGCUGCUGGGUUUCUGGAGGGAAGUUUUGAAUCUAGAGGUCUCGUCAGCUGUGCAGGGUUAGGAUGAGGCUACUGGAGAACUCAGAGGAUGUGGCUUUUGCACUUGGGGUAGAACAAGUGUGACAGCACUAUGCUAAUGGACUGGCAGACAGGAGGAAACAUUUUUGAACAGACUAGGUGUCCUGUGGCUCUCUUGUUUGAGGAGAUGGGGCUGUGUUGCACUGCCGUCCACAGUCCAGACUACCUCUACAUGGGUUUUUGCCAGGUAGGUUUGUUUGAGUUUCUGUGGGCUUUGGGAGGAACCCCAGCUAGGGCCCACCCUUGUUUGUGUGCAAAGGGGAUGCAUCUGGUCCAGAUGGUGGUUUGUACCACGACAUAAACAUUUUGAAGUCCUGAGUACAAAAAGAAUGCGAGUCUCACGUGCUCCCUUCCAGAGCAGAAGAAUAACAGCGAUUACAAACGGACUACAAAAAUAUAUGUAAUUACAGAAAAACAACCCUUAAACAUUGUAUAGGCACCUUUGGGUUGCUCUGGUAAUGUUUUAUGCCUAUACUUGUCUCUUUUGCAGAUCUUGGAAGGCUAAAAAUAUUUCCUAAGAGAGAAAGGCUUUUUCCAGAAAUGCCAGGCUGGAGACUCAGGGAGAACAUAAUUGACUGAAUUUCACCAGACUGGCACCUGCAGCUUGGUGGCACAGCAAGAGGCCCCACACCUGCCUUGUUUUCACCUAACUAAAGGCAAGUUGGAUGUGAGCAAUGACAGAACUAAGUGGGCUGCAAGUCCAUGAUUCAGCAAGGUGGAUGCUCCAAGUAACAUUUGAUAAGGCUGGAAGGUUUACCUUUUUACCCUGAGUGUGAGUGAGACAGUGCAAGCAAUAACAGAUUUUCUAUGAAGCUCAAGUUUCUUGUAAACCAGCAAUAGGAAUAAGUGCAAUAAAUGAACAGCCCCGUCUUAACAGGGACUAGUGGGCAGCAAUGUUGCAAAGUUGUGGUUGAGGCAUUUUCAGUUCAUUACCCAGUUUCUGUCUAAUUGAAGGCCAAAUUUCAUCUAUGGUGAACUGUCCCAUCAUAUUUUACACUGCAUGUACAUGUGUUGCUCUGUGCCUUUUUUGUACAUGUGCUUGUUGGUUGAAAUUAGUCUUACCUUAAUACAGUGCCAUACAGUGGCAGAUCCAGCAUGAUUUUCUCUUUAGUAAAAUAUUUAAGGGCUGUUUUUUUUAUCGUUACAUAACUCAGCAAAUGCACUGGCUGGUUUGCUGUCACUUGUGCCCGUUGAAGCUUUCCCUUCUCCUCCCUGCCUUAAAGGCUUCCCAGCCUGCUGUGAGCCUGCAGCAUC